GUAGGGUCAAUUUGACAUUGUAAAAAAUGACUUUGUACAGAAAUGUCAUAGAGCUGUAAGCUGUAGUAUGUUGACCUGUGAGAGUCACCAGAAAAAAAGUGCUAAUGUUGGCAUUUUUAACCUUAACUUUCCACUGGUCAUUUUCAGAAUUGUGCCCUGCAAUGGACUGGCAUCCUGUUCCUCCACCUCUGUGUCCUUUACUGCCUCAAAUAGGCUCCAGAUCGACAGCAACCCUGUACUGGAAGAUGGACAAAUGGAUGGAUAUUCAGUUCCGAUUAAUGAAAUAGUACAUCGCAAUAUCACACACACAAUGUAUAUUUCCUUAUACAUCUUUUGAAAAUGCAGAUUCACAUGAUCAGCAGAUAUAGGCCUUCCAAAUGCAACUGGGUACAGGACUACAGUUUCAGCACUGCUAUCACAGAACAUUCAUCCAUCUUCCAUAACCGCUUAGCCAGUACAGAGUUGCAGUGAAACUUGAGCCUAUUCCAGGAUGCAUAGGGCACAGGGACAUUCUGGCCUGGACACCAGUCUGCUGAAGGUCAUACACACACAAUCAUAUACUCUGAUUAUUCAGGUGAAUCUAGUGAUGUCCAUUCUGCUCUACGUGAUGUUCCUCGCGUACCUGUGCGGCAUCCAAGCCAUGUCGAUGGACAAGCGCAGGCCCACACCGGAUCCGGUCAACUCGCUCAUCAUCCGGCUGCUACAGGCGGACAUCAUCCGGAGUCAGAGCGUUGGGGAGACCCCUGGAGCCAGGGCCGAGACAGCGUCCAACGGGCCCUGGGGCUCGGAUUACCUAGGGGAGGCGCCGGCAGGCCGCCGCGUCCUUGGCGGCGACGGUUAUCCAGAGAGGAUGGCUCUGGGCUUCCGGAACGUUCCGGACUUGAGUGAGGAGCUGCUCCGGCAACACAAGCGGCACAACUCACCGCGGGUGGUGCUGAGCCAGAGGCCACCGCUGCAGCCUCCGCCUAUGUAUUUAGGCGACGACUACGUAAGCACCGCGGAAAUGGGCAACAAGACCAGGAGGAGGCGCUACACGCAGCACAGGAGCUACCGGGGCGAGUACUCGGUGUGUGACAGCGAGAGCCAGUGGGUGACGGACAAGACCAGCGCUGUGGACAUCCGCGGACGCCAGGUCACCGUCCUGGGCAUGAUCAAGACCAGCGGCUCGGACGUGAAGCAGUACUUCUACGAGACCAAAUGCAAGAGCAGCAAGCCGGUGAAAGGUGGCUGCCGGGGAAUCGACGACAAGCACUGGAAUUCACAGUGCAAGACGUCGCAGACCUAUGUGCGGGCAUUGACCUCGGAGAAGACCUCCGUCAGCUGGAACUGGAUACGGAUAGACACGUCCUGUGUGUGUGCGCUGUCGCGCAAACGCCGCAGGACAUAGCGGCUCAAGACGGGCACAGCU